AUGCGUUUAAGCCCGCCGUGGUACCAGUUCCUGGUAGGCGUUUUUGCCUCCCUGGGCUCUUUCCUUUACGGCUAUGACCUGGGUGUCAUUGCAGAAGUCAUUGCAUGCGAGUCGUUCAACUCCAAGUUUGCCGCCAAUGACACAGAAACUGGAUUGGUGGUGUCCCUGUUCACCGCGGGUGCGUUUGUAGGCUCGGCGAUUGCAGGCCCUAGCGGUGAUUACGCAGGACGGCGAGGGACAAUUAUGAUCGGCUGUAUCUUCUUCUGUCUUGGAGGUGGUCUGCAGACUGGUGCUCGGGCGAUCGAAUACUUGUAUAGUGGGAGAUUCUUCGCCGGGGUUGGAGUUGGCUUCCUUACCAUGAUCAUUCCCUUGUACCAAGCUGAGAUCUGCCACCCAAAGAUCCGAGGCCGAGUCACAGCUUUGCAGCAGUUCAUGCUUGGAGUUGGUGCGCUAUGCGCUGCGUGGAUCUCAUAUGGUACAUAUAUCGGGUUUUCCAAGACGAAUGAUGCACAGUGGCGGAUUCCUCUUGGGCUGCAGAUGGUCCCUGCGGUCUUCCUGGGCUUGCUCAUCAUGUUCUUCCCAGAGUCGCCUCGUUGGCUUAUUGAUCAUGGACACCACGAGAAGGGUCUGCAGACCCUAGCCAAACUUCACGCUCACGGCGAUGAAAAUGAUACCUGGGUUCGCGCAGAGUACAACCAGAUCCAAGAGAGCAUUUUGUUUGAACAAGAGCAUGAGGCCAAAUCAUAUAUCGAAUUAUUCACUGAUCGAUCAUCCUUUCGCCGCCUUUUCCUCUGCUGCGCAUUGCAAGCCUCUGUCCAGAUGACUGGCGUCUCAGCCAUCCAAUAUUAUUCCGUGGAGAUCUACAAGCAGAUCGGUAUCGCAGGCGAUGACACGCUCCGUUAUCAAGCCAUCAACUCCAUCAUCGCCCUGGUCGCUCAGUUCCUUUGCAUGAUGUUCAUCGAUCGCUUCGGUCGUCGCAGGACUCUUAUCGGUGGGAACCUGGGCAACAUGGUCACUUUCAUCAUCGCAUGUAUCCUGCUGGCACAGUUCCCCCCGGAAACGAACAACACCGGCGCUCACUGGGGCUUCAUCAUCAUGACCUGGUUGUACAACUUCUCCUUCUCGGCUACCUGCGGUCCCCUUUCGUGGAUCAUCCCUGCUGAAGUCUUUGACACGCGAACACGAUCAAAGGGUGUCUCGAUCGCCACGAUGACAUCGUAUGCCUUCAACACCAUGAUUGGUCAGGUGACACCCAUCGCGAUGACCAAUAUUCGUUAUCGCUACUACUUCCUCUUCAUCAUUUGCAAUUUCACCAAUGCGCUCUUUUUCUGGCUGUUGCUUCCCGAGACGAAGAAACUGCCGCUCGAGGAGAUGAACUAUCUGUUUUCCAACGCCCCUUGGAUUGUGCCCGGAACGCGCAAGGAGGACUACAUGCCUCAUGACCUGGAGCGCAAGCUCGAGCAGCAGGAAGAAAAGGAAGCUGCUAUUGCAACUCACGAAGAGUGA